CACAGUGUUGUGAAAGGGAGCAACUGGAGCUGGAGGUGCACCCUGGCAAUAGCUAGGGGUUUUGUCCCUGGCUGUGGGCACUUGACUAGUGAGGAAGGGGAGAACAAGGAAGCCACCUCCGCCAUCUUUAUUGGAGGCAAAGUUCGGCGGUACCACCAGCAAUGACCCCGGGCGCAGGCGCGGCCGCCAUCUUUAUUCGGGGCAAGGAUUCUCCAGGACCAGGAACCCGGGCAGCGCAGCGCGUGACAAAUGCUUUCUGCAAAUCCUGGAUGUGACAAACUUUGUUCGUGAGGGGAUUAAAACGUGGGCUCGCAGACUGGAAACUCCCACCAAAGCAUCUCAUCACUGGAUUUCAUCAAAAUCACGGAUAUUAUCCAACUUUGAAUGGUUGUGAUUCAAAUGCAAAUGAGCCAUAAGAUCUGACGAGUUAGAGUUGACAGUGGAGCAGUCAUGGCCUGUAAGAACAACAACUCGCAGAGAUAACACCAGGACAGCCUGCAGCUAGAGCUGGGUCACUACAGUGUAGAAAAGUGAGGGAAUACUGAUGUAAAGGGACGAAUGGGACUGGAGACCUCAGAGAUCAAGCUGAGGAUAGCCAAGGAUCCAUCCAUCAGCUGACCUUGUGGAAGUGACUGGGGACCCACAGGAGUUGCAUGUUUAUUGUGAUUGAUGGGUCAGUCCAAUGUGCUGUCGAGGACAGAGAAUCUGCUCGGCUUCUAGUUCUGAAUAAGGUGUUUGAAUUACGGAUCCUGGAGUCUCAAACUUGGAUAUUUGAUGGGAAGGAUUUCCGUCAGAGAAGGAUUUGAAUCUCAUUGGCCUUUGGGUGCGAAAGGAGAAAUGUUUGUAUAUUCCGUCUGCAAGAAAGAUGUCAAGCAUCGGGUUUAACUGGAAAAGCACAGAGACAGACAGACACUAUCGACACAGUAUGUUCCGAUGAACUGACUUGGGUAAAAGUUUGAAAUGGUUACACAGACUGCAAAAAGCUCUAACACUGAUCACAGCAGGGAUAAACUGUACGUGUGUUUUCUGUGUGUGAGUCUCCAACCAAUCAUCCAACCUUUGGACUCACAAUAGCAGCCACAUCAUGGAGAAACCAUUGGAAUGUGAGGACUGUGGGAAGAGAUUCAGAUGCCAGUCUGAACUGCAAGUUCACCAACGCAACCACACCGGGGAGAAACCAUUCACCUGCUCAGUGUGUGGAAAGGGGUUCACUGCCUCAUCCAAACUGGGGAUACAUCAGCAAGUUCACUCUGACGAGAGACCAUUUAAAUGCACAGAGUGUGGGAAGCAGUUUAAAAGUGCGAGGUUACUGAUGUGUCAUAAGACUGUCCACACCAGCGAGAGACCAUUCAGCUGCUCUGACUGUGAGAUGCGCUUCAAGUGCUCGUCGAACCUGAGCAGACACCGGCGGGUUCACACUGGGGAGAGGCCAUUCACCUGCAACACGUGUGGGAUAGGAUUCCCUCGGUCAUCUCACCUACUGAAACACCAGCAAGUUCACACCAAGCAGAGACCUUUUACAUGUUCAAGUUGUAAGAAGAGUUUCAAAACCGACAACGGGCUCGAGCUACAUCAGCUGACUCAUGCCAAGAAGAGACCAUUCAUCUGCUCAGCGUGUGGGAAGGGGUUUACUCAGUCAACCCAUCUGCUCACACACCAGCGGGUUCACAGUGACGAGAGACCUUUUAAAUGCCCAGACUGUGGGAAGUGCUAUAAAAGUGCUGGUGUCCUCAUGUCCCAUCAACAAAUUCACACUGAGGAGAAACCAUUCAGGUGCUCUCGCUGUGGGAUUGGUUAUAAGAGAUCAGAUCAUCUGCGCAAACACCAGCAACUUCACACUGGGGAAUGACCGUUUAGCUGCUCUGAGGGCCUGCCUUGUCUAUGCAACUUGCGAUCACAUAAGAACCUUCCUGAUGUUGUGAGACACUUUUAUAAAUGUUCUCAAUGUGACAGGAAUUUUAAAAGCAAGCAGACUUUGCUGAGACACCAUGGUGUUCACACUGACAUGAGACGCUUGAAAUGCCUAGUCUGUGGGAAAUGCUUUAAAAUGGCCUGUACCUGAUGUCGCAUCAAUGUUUUUGCAUUAAGAAGAAACCGUCCAAGUGUUCUUGCUGUGAGACUGGCUUCAGAUGCUAAUCUGAACUCACUGGCACCAGUGAGUUCACACUCUGCAGGGGUUGGAUUGGAGGUCACCGCUGCAGUUGUCCAUUCUCACGUUCUGAGGCCCUGCUCGCUCUUUCACUGGUUUCAUGCUGUAAAAUUGGUAUGUCCUUUUUUGAUCAACCUGUUUGGGCACAUUCUAACACACCUCGGCACAGGCAGAAUUUCAAUGCUGAUCUUCUGAUUCCAAGGUAGGGACAGUUCCUCUGCACCACCAGAGCCUUUUGGCUUGCUGGAAGAUUAUGAAAUCACUUAAAGGAUGGAAAUCACUGUUUAACUUGAUGCUUGGCUGUUUCCACUUAACUUCAUCAGCAAUGCACCUUUGUAUCUUCGAGCGGGAAAACUUUCAAAAUAGGGAACUGUACAGGAACAGUACGAAGGUCAGGCAUCCUGGGAGUUUGUCAAGUUUUCCAAAACUUCCUGCAGGUCAGAGUUAAUGAAAAUGUGGGACCUUUUAUGAAACCUCAUACCGAGGUGUCAGUGGAAAGAAUGAGAACAAGGUGCGAGGAGGCCUAGAGAUGAGGAAAGCAGGAUAACGGUGAAGGUGCAGACCACUGCAUGCUGCAGGGAGGUGAAAGUCACUCGCAUGAACUGUGUCUUGCCAGAGUUCAUCAGAUAAAGACCAGGAGAAAAUACAGCCUCCUUGAAAAAGGCUGUUCGGCAGAUAAGCCGAAUUCAUGAUUUCUCUUUUUCUUUUAAAAUAAAGUACGCUCAAACACAU